UAUUUAUUAAACUCUAACAUCCACUAUAACCAUCUUUUUCUCUGACUCUCUAAUGUCCCACCAUUGCCUUUGGCUUUCCCAUAAUUUAAAUUAUUUUAAACAUUAAAAAAAAUGAUACCUACAACUCCACUCUUCAAUUCCUCAAAGUUCCUUUUUUUCAUGUAUACUUUGAAAUGUCCCAUUAGAAAUUAAACAUCACCAUAUUUUGUCUUACAACAAGUCAACAACAAGAAGAAGCUGGACAAUGUUACUAAUUUGAUUCAAUUGAUCACUACAUAGUGUUAAUAAGUUGUUAAAUAUUUAAACAAAGAUGCAAACACCAAGAUUCAAUCUUGAAGUUGAGGCCUUGUUUGAAGAUGACUCCGAUAUUACUAGCCAAGUCGCGUCUAACAUAUGUGUGGGUGAGACGUUCACGGACCCUUCCAAGAACAGAGUUAUAGAUUUCACACAGUUAAGUUCAGAACAUGUGUCACUUGACUUGUCUCUUAGCCAGGAUUCGUUAGGCGGUUUUUCAGUAUCUAGCACAAGUGAAAGCAGCAAUGAACUUGCAACUACACAAACAUCGGUAUCAGGACCGGGGUUUCAACGAGUUUUUAGUUGUAACUUCUGCCAGAGGAAGUUCUAUAGUUCACAGGCACUUGGUGGACAUCAGAAUGCACAUAAAAGAGAACGAACGCUAGCUAAACGUGCUAUGAGAAUGGGCGUUUUCUCUGAAAGGUACGCUAACUUGGCGUCUUUACCUUUACAUGGAUCUACAAUAAGGUCUUUAGGGAUCAAAGCUCAUGCUUCAUUACACCAGAUGUCUGCACCAGCAAUUAGGCCACUCGAUUUUAAAACGAGUGCAAGGUUUGAGUAUGGUAAUCGCCAGAGUCCACCUUUGUACAUGGAAAAUGAUGAUCAAUUAGUACUAUGGCCUGGCAGUUUUCGUCAAGUGACGAACCCUGGUACCUCUCAUACUAAUUUUUCACUUGAUGGAUGUUCAAAUGUGACAUUGACUCCAUACGUCGAAAAAGAUGAACCAAUUGCACCAGAUCUCACUCUGAGGCUUUGAGAUAUUUGACAGCAAAUAGCCAAACAUCAUUUAGCUUUCUUGUUUCUAUUUGUACAGUGAAAUAUAUUCUACUAUGUGUGGAUACUAUGCACAAUGCCUGCCUGCUUAGGCCCUAUGUUGCUCGGACUCUUCAAAACAUGUUGUCUGGUGCUUGUCGAAUCCGAUACUGGUGCUGCAACAUUUUUGGAGAGUCUGGACAACAUAGUUCAGACCAGUGUGAUUUGAACAUUACAGGAUUGUUUUACAAUUUGAAUGUAUUAGUUAUGACUUGUAACGGUUAUCAUACUUCGUAUUUUCUCCUUCUAUUACUGUAUAACUUUUUUAAGUAUCGACAACUAUAACUCUGUGUGUGUUGAUGUCUA